AGUUCAUUUUCGACUUUUAAAGUAAAACGCACGAAAAUGAUUCUCGAAAUCAUAUUGAUUUUUAUUGGAUUUAUAUUGUGGAUGUGCAGUGAUUAUAUUUUCCAUGAUCCGCUCAAAAAUUUCAGCAAAACUUCAAUUCCUCUGUUAAAGAAUUCAUUUAAUAUUGUCAGAAUGAGUCCAGUCGAAAUUUUUCAAUUUGUUCGAAACGGCGCUAUUAAAUAUCAAAAGUCCUAUCAACAUAGUUUUUUUGGGUGCUUUUUUGUAUACAACAUUAUACGAGCUAAAGAUGCUGAGAAGAUUUUAAGCUCAUCAAAGUUGUUGAAGAAAGGAAGAGCUUACCAAUAUUUGUAUCCAUUUUUAAAGACUGGUCUAUUGACUAGUGAAGGAGCAAAAUGGCAUCAGAGGCGAAGAAUGUUAACUCCUGCUUUCCAUUUUAAUAUUUUAAAGGAAUUUUGUGAAAUUUUCAGAGAAGAAAGUGAAAAAUUGGUUCAGCAGUUAAAACCUUUAACAGGAAAAGAGAUUGACAUAAUUCCGAUUUCCACUCAAUUCACCCUCAACACUGUUUGUGAAUCGGCAAUGGGAAUUAAGCUUUCUGAUCUGGGAAAUGAUGGAAAGACUUAUAGAAACAACAUCUAUGAAAUUGGUAGUUUAUUAGUUUCUAGAAUGACAAAACCAUGGCUUUUUAAUGAUUUUGCGUAUAGACUUUUUGGUUCUAAGAAAAUGUUAGAUAAAGUUCUUAAGCCUAUUCAUGAAUUUACUCAGUCAAUCAUUAGCAAACGUAGAAUUGAUUUUAUUAUUAAAAGAAGCAUUAAUAAUAAACAACCAAUCCAAGAAACUGAUGACGAAAAUAUUUAUUUGAGAUCAAAAAAGAAAAGAGUUGCAAUGAUGGAUACUUUAUUACAAGCACAAUCUGAAGGCUUAAUAGACGAUGAAGGAAUUAUAGAAGAAACAGACACAUUUACUUUUGAAGGACACGAUACUACAUCAGCUGGAAUGACAUUUACAUUAUUGCUGCUAGCACAUCAUCAAGAAAUUCAGGAGAAAAUAUUUCAAGAAAUUCAAGAAGUGGCCGAUGGAAGGGAUGAUCUUACCACAGAUGAUUUAAAUAAGAUGAAUUACAUGGAAAGAGCGCUAAAAGAAUCUCUAAGAGUUUAUCCACCAGUUCCUUACAUUUCAAGAACUUUUACAGAGGACUUUGAACAUGAUGGCGCUUUAUACCCAAAAGGAUCUUUUGUUCAAAUUAUGAUCUAUGACAUUCAUCGUGACCCAGAAUAUUUUCCAGAUCCAGAAAAAUUUGAUCCUGAUCGCUUUCUUCCUGAAAACUGUAUAAAUAGACACAACUACGCGUUUGUUGCAUUCUCAGCCGGAAUGAGAAACUGCAUCGGCCAGCGCUUUGCAAUGUUAGAGUUAAAAAUCAUGUUAGCACAUGUUAUCAAAAACUUUAAAGUUUUACCAGUCACAAAAAGAGAGGAACUUGUUUUCAAAGCUGAUUUGGUUUUAAGAACAGUUGAUCCCGUGAGGAUGAAAUUUGAAUUGAGAAAAUGAAUAAAAUGCUAUCAAAAAUAAAAAAUUCUCUCAA